AAGGCGCAUCGAGAAAAAGUUCAAAAGUUCACCCCCCUAGACUAAACUUCCAAACUCAGGUAGAAUGUUUAACAAGGACUGGAGAGAUAAUUCCUGUUGUAUGCGUUCACUCAUUCAAAAGCUUUACGAGAAAUCAGAGGGAAACAACUUCCAGGAUGUAACCUUUAAGCUACCUGACGGCAGCGAGGUAGGAGCACACAAGCUUGUUCUAGGACUGGCAAGCCCGUUCUUUGAAGCGCAAUUUUUUGGUUUGCUUGCCACAGAGCAGUCUCCCAUGGUGGUAAAAAAUAUCGAGAGCUUUGCAUUUAGGAAGGUUCUGGAGUUUAUUUAUAAAUCUGGAGAUGUGGAGUGGACUGGUGGGAGUAUCUUGGAAUACUGGAGUAUACUGGAGGCUGCGCACAUGUACCUAGUUCCUGGACUUAUAAGUCUUUGUAAUACAAAGCUUUCAACAUUCCUCAACACUAUUCCAGACAAUAGGGAACUAGUGGAACAUGUCAAUAGAGCUGCUCAACUUUAUAUAUACGAGGGAAUAUACUCGACUGGUCUACUGGAGAUCAAGGCUAGACUAGGAGAUAUACUGAAUACAGAUAAUUGGAACCUACUCGAGGAAUCUGUUGUUCUGGAUAUUCUAGACGAUCAAAAACUGAAGGUUCCUGAAGGUGAAUUGUUCCAAGGAAUGAUAAACUGGUGUAAAUACAAUACUGAAGAUCAGGAGUCAGCCACCCACAAGUUCGAAUCACAAUUUUCCUCCAAAGUUCGAGUGAAGAACAUGACAAAAAAUACAUUUUUGAAAACUAUCGGUGAGUCUGAUUUUACCUCCCCGAAACUGUUUAAAAAGUGGACUUUUGAGUUUAUGAAUGGGAACCCUGUACAGCUUGAUGCAACAAGAUAUGCUCUUCACCCUCUCAAAAUUCAUCAAACCAGCAUAGUAUCUGAGGAUUUCCUGGAAGCUCGAGGAGCGGGGUCUGGUGUUCCUCCUCAAGGACCAGUUGAUGAGGGACCAGUAGACUCUGUUCUUUGGAGAACUGAAGAUGAAUUUGAGGAUGUUGGUUUAGGAAUCAGAAUUUUCCAGAAAGUGACAGAAUCUGCUGGGUUGAAAACAAGAUUUGGUAUUCUCUUGGAAACAGUUCACAGGGCUCUGCGUGAUGCCCCGAAGAGUGCAAUUACCGAGCGAGUGAGCGUGAAGAUGGUUGCCAAGAAGAAGGACGGGACCGUCCUCAAGAAAUUGUUUAAACCUAUAGAGGACACAUCCAAGGAGGGAUCUUCUCACAAAUCAAAUGUAUUUGUCCUCUCCAAGAAUAAGGAGGAGAGAAUGUUGUGGCAUGUCAUGGAGAUAGUAGUCAUCAUUGAUCGUAGACCAACCUGUCAUAUUAAAGGAAUCUCAGGGGAGGAAUUUGCUCGAACUGUUUGUUCCGGACAAACCCAAUCAUAUCUUAGUAAGGCCAAAUCCUUCCAUUACGAUGUGAAGAUGAGUCUAAAAGCUGCUGUUGAAGAUAUAGCGAAGCAUGUGAGUAAGGAUAGAUCCAGUCCAUUCCUGAACCAAUGGUUGUAUAUCUUUACCAAGGGAUAUGUUUCCAACCUCAGAUCUAGGCGCGCAAUGCCGAAUGACUACUGGACUGCAGAUACCGUUGAGGAUUAUAUGCGCUGCAAAGUUAUCAACUUCCCUAUAGGAGUUCAUAAUGAAGCUAUGCGUAGGGAUGCUUUCAGAACCUGGAUAAUAUCUCGGAAGAUUACUGAUGAGAAAGAAAAAGAUCGAAAAAGUUUGUUUGUUUGUACAUACAACCCAGAUUUACAGGAUGUCCAGUACCUAAAGACGUUUUCUUUGCCAGUAGAAACCAGAGUUGAGACUUUAGGUCUUAUGGAGCAUAUCAGUCUUGGAUCUGUUCAGGUUGAUGAUAAAUUUUUCUAUGAUGUAACCUUUGGUUGUCCUGUAACCACUGGAGUCCGGAUCUUUAUAAGAAGAAUAUUCCCAAUACAGAACGAGGAGUGUGAGAGGAUGAAGCAGGUUCUUGUUUGCGAGGCUGUUAGAGGCACAGUCCUCUCCCAUAUAGAUGAUUGCCAUGUCCUCGUGGUUCAACUCAAGAAAACGUUCGAAGAAUCUCUAGAUUUUGAUCAAUAUCUUCUGAAGAAAAUCAACGAAAAGAGGAUUAUUUGCAUCAACAAGAAGACAAGGGCGGAGACGGUAGUUUUGGGACUAGGAGAAUCCUGCAAAACUCCAGACCUCAUUGCCAAACUAUGCACACAGCUCAAGAGACCCCGUAAUAUGGUUCAAGUGUUUAAAUGUUAUUCUGGGAAAACUAUUGAGGAUCCAUGCUCGGAGCAGAGUAUUAAAGAUGACGAAUGUAUGAGCUCAAUAUUUCAAUACUGUGAUGAGGAAAGAAAACUGUUUUAUCAGGAGCUACCCCUAGGAGUAGAUCCAGACCUUGGAGACUCAAGGGGAUCCAUGGAAACAGUAGAGUCCCUGCAACCCUUAGAAGAGUCUCAACUCGACCAGGAUAAAUGGAUUGAAGAAAUGGACGCAGUUUAAAUGUUACCCUUGAUAUUUAAUUGUAAGGAAAGUGAACUUCACGUUUAGGGUUAAUUUUAAAGAAUAAGACUUGAAAGGAUUAAAGACUCAAUUUCAAGUUCCCCACAUUUUGAAAACUGGACUAUAGACCAUGCCCUUUAAACCUCAGUCUAAGUGUCCAUGUGGGGAUGAUAUUGGCGUUUUUUUUUUAUCGAAAAACUUCAGUUAUUUUUCUUCAUUGCCUUUAAAGCAUAAAUGCGCCAGUCUCUAAUAGGAAAAGCACAAUGGGAAAGUAGUACAUUUUUCAGCAAGAUAAAUAAGGUUAUCUCAUUCAUCCAUAAUCAGACAAAUGGUACCGUUAUGAACCGGACAUCUGCCUCUACAAUUGAACAAUAGGCUCACUGGAAAUUACGUAACAAGUCCCUUUAAUGUACGACUGUGGAGAUUUUAUGAUAAGAAUCCAUUGUUAGCUGCGGCUGGUAUCUUACACAAUUUGUUGGCUUGAGUUCAUAAGAUUGCAUUCAUUGUUAAUUACUAUAAACGCCAAAUGAUAAAAAUUUAUAGGUCGUCAAUAUUUAUCUCGUGUAUUGUAGUUAACAAUAUGUAAAAACAAUAUUUAUAUAAAUACAUUCCUGUGUCGACACUGAACGGUGGACGGCAAUCACAGUUUUUAGUUAUGUCGAAAUAAAAUUCAUAGUUUUAAACCA